CCCCCCCUUCUCCACAUGGACACGUCCCUCACCCGGGACUAUAAAAGGUCUGCUCCUGCUGAAGUUGUUCAGUCUCGUCCAGAACUCCACCAGACCAGCACCAUGAAAUUUGUGGCUCUAGCUCUUGCCCUUCUGUUGGCUGUCGGCUCUCAAGCCGCUUCCCUGCAGGCUGAUGCACCCUCCCAGCUGGCCCAAAUCCGGUCUGCUGUGGAUGUGUACAUGACUCAGGUGAAGGAUGGUGCCAUCAGAUCCCUGGACCAGCUUGAUGGCACUCCAUACAAUGAGUUUAAGGACAUCCUGGCUAAGCGUUUGGAGGAGCUCCACACUCAGAUCAAGACUUUGCAGAGUUCCGUCUCCCCCAUGACCGACAGCUUCGUUAGUACAGUGGCUGAAUCCACUGCUGAAUUCCGUAACAGAAUUGCGGCUGAUAUUGAGGCCCUGAAAACUGAGCUGGAGCCCAAACGUGCUCACCUGAGGGAAGUCAUCGAAAGACACAUGGAGGAGUACCGCAACCACCUCGAGCCCAUCGUCAAAGAGUACUAUGCCAAGCACACAGCUGAAAUGGAAGAACUGAGGACAAAGAUGGAGCCCAUUAUGGCUGAGCUGCGUGAGAAGAUCCGUACCAAUGUGGAAGAGACCAAGAAUGCCCUGACACCCAUUGUGGACACUGUGCGUGAAAAGAUUGCUACGCAUGUGGAACAAGCGAGGGCAUUGUUGGCUCCCUAUGUUGAAGAAUACAAGGAGCAGAUUAGGCAAACCUAUGGCCGUGCACAAAGUGUCAGAGUUGAAGACCUUACUGCCAUGAGGGAGAGGAUUCAGCCUCUAGCCGCAGACAUCAAGAAUAAGUUCCAGGAAAUAUUCGGGAUCCUUGCUGAAACCUUCAAUAAGAGCUAAAUCUUCCUUACCCUGUUUCUGUAACUAACCUCCCCUUCCUAUCAGGCCUAGAUCCAUUCCAACUUUCUCCCCAGACCCUUUCCCCUAAAUGUAGCUAAUGCCUUAUUGAUGAACAAAACGGCAGGACUCUCUCUUCCCGAGCUUACAUCAUGUGCACAUGUCCAAGCACAAGGGCACCAACACACAGACCUAAAGAUACUCAGCACACAUAUGCUCUAUUUUUCACAUGCUGUGUCCAACUUCUUUUUGUGUAGGAAUUGUAUGUGAAUUAUUACACCUGCUCAAACUCCUGUGCAAUGAUGCUUGUCUGAUGUAAACUGUGCCUUGAUGAAAUACAGAUCAAUAAACAUCUGACUGUU